GUAACCGCCGCGCUCGUGGCGGGGUGCGGCUGCGGGCGCUGAGGCACCGCGGCACCGUGUGGGGAGCGCUGCCUUCCCCGCUGCCGCAUCGGGAAGCCGGCGCCGCUGAUGUCCUGUGUGCGGUGUGCUGGGCUGCCGGGUACCGCCCAGCGCCGGUCCUCGAAGGGACACCGAGGCUAAGGCUGCAGCCGCAGCUCCCAGGUUAAGGAAGAGCUUUUAGGAGAGGACUGACGCGAUCGAUUCGGAUGGAAGAUAACUCUCUCUUUUCUCUAUGCAGGUGGUUAUUCGACGGCUCCCUCCUUGUCUAACCAAGGAGCAGCUGGAGGAGCAGCUACACCCCCUCCCUGCCCAUGAUUAUUUUGAGUUUUGCACUGCUGAUCCCAGCCUUUAUCCUCAUCUCUACUCAAGAGCAUACAUUAACUUUAGAAAUCCUGAGGACAUCCUUCUUUUUAGAGAUCGCUUUGAUGGCUAUGUCUUCAUUGAUAAUAAAGGUUUGGAGUACCCUGCAGUGGUUGAAUUUGCUCCAUUUCAGAAGAUUUCAAAAAAGAAGUUGAAAAAGAAAGAUGCCAAAGCUGGGAGCAUUGAAGAUGACCCAGAAUAUAGAAAAUUUUUAGAAAGUUACUGUGCUGAUGAAGAGAAAAUCUGUGCCAAUCCUGAGACUCUUUUGGGAGAGAUUGAGGCCAAAACAAGGGAACUCAUUGCUAGAAGAACAACACCCCUUUUGGAAUAUAUUAAAAAUAGAAAAUUAGAAAAGCAGAGAAUUCGAGAGGAGAAAAGGGAGGAACGAAGGCGGAGGGAAUUGGAGAAGAAGCGUCUGAGAGAAGAAGAGAAAAGGAAACGCAGAGAGGAGGAAAGACGUAAAAGGAAAGAAGCAGAGAAACAUAAGAAAAUUUCUGAAAAAGAAAUAAGGAUCAAGCUUCUUAAGAAGCCUGAAAAAGGAGAUGAGCCAGCCAGUGAGAAGCACAAAGAAAAAGAUGAAGAAGCUGACACUGAAGAAAGCAAGUGGGAUAAAUCUCCUGGACCUGGAAGUAUAAGAUCCAAAUCACUGGAAGGUUCACUAAAAGAGCUUAAGGAGAAGUCACAAAAUGAUAGUGACAAAGAGCAAAGAGAUUUGGAGAGAAGAUUUCGAGAAAAAGAACCUGAAAGGCAAAGGUAUCGACUGGAUGAUGGCAGAAAGCAUAGAACUCACUAUGAGUUUGACAAGUUUGUGAGAAGGAAUGAAGAAGAGCUGAAAUGGGGGAAAGGAUACAACCAAGACAGAGGAAAGAAAGGGAACCACAACUACAGCUUCACUGUGGAGGCAGUAGACAAACUGGGUAAAGAGGACAAGUGUGAUGACAUGGCAUCCAAAAAGGAGCGCAUAAGAAAUAAGGAUCGCCCAGCCAUGCAGCUGUACCAGCCAGGGGCUCGCAUCCGAACGCAUACGGGAUCCACGAGUAAAGCCUACGACUGCAGUGGGAAGUCUUCUGAAGAUGCCCUUGACAAAAAGUAUGAGGUGGAUAACUCAGUGGGAGGUGGCUCUGAGAAGAGUGAGGAAGCAGAAUAAAACAAACUAGAGGAAAGACUUGUGGAAAUGGAUGAACUUCAGAUUCAACAUCGCCACAUAGAGCUGUUUCAGAAGCCCAACACCAACAAAAUUGUCAUAGCUUUCUCUUACUUCCUCUGAAAUAAAGGAAAGAGCGACUGGAGCUAUAUAAAGUAUCUUACAGCAAAGAAAUAUGAUUGUUUUUUUACAUAAAGCAGAGCAAACACCAUUUGCCCAAUGUAAAAGCAGUCUGAUGUUUUAUUAGAUUCACCUUGAGAUAUAAAAUCUCUAAUAGUUUUAAAGGAAUAUUUAUAGAAAACUUCAGAAGCGAUCUCACCUUUCCAAGUCUAAAGAAACAAAAUGUGGAUUUGUGUCAUUGUGAGGCCUGAAGCACUUCCAGUGUGUUGGGUGCCUGGCAGUCCCAGGGCCCCUUCCUGCACACGGCAGUGCUGCCAGCACUGAGCAGCCCGGGGAGCUCUGCAGCCAGCCUGUUUGCAGGGCACAAGGAAUGGCAAUGGGUGUCUGUAUGUACCUUGUUGUGUUCACAUUGUUUUUCAAUUAACUACAGUGUCUAAUGAGUGUUAUUAAAGCUGCAAGUGUGUUGUUUGAGUGUUUGUCAUUUUUGGAGCCACUUCUGCCUUUUAUGUUUUAAUGGAUUCUUGUACUUAAAGCAGAAAAAAGCUAACACAAACCUCAGCACUUAAACAGUGCAUCUGGUUUUCUUAAAUUCGCUGUUUUUUUAUGGUUUUGACACUGACUUUUCAAAAAGUGAUUGUACAGUGAUGACUUUUUAUAUGCUGAUGUUUGAUGUAAGUUGCGGUUGCAGGAUCUGGACAAUGUAAGACACGUGAGAGUUCUGAAGUUCAGUUUGUUUGAAGAAAAACAAACAUAAGUGUCAGCUGCAAAGUCCCAUUUUGUAAGAUCCAAGUCAAAUUCUGACCUCUGAUGCAGGCACAUAUAUAUGUGUGUGUAUAUAUAUAUAUAUAUAUAUUUACAGUGUUUCCAUCGGUUUCAACAACGGCUGCAUGUUUAUGGAAGGGCAAAACUUACUCAUCUUUUACAGCUGAAAGUUUCACAGUCAUCCAAAACCGAGAUCUGCUGUGUUGGUUAAGUGAAAUAGUAAGACAUUCAUUUAUUUUUUACAUCCUCUUGGAGCAUUUUGUUAAGCGUAACAUUUAGUUGUUCUAGAUCUGAAAAAUUAUUGAUUGUAUUUUCCAAGAUAUUAAGCAUUACAUGAAUAAAAGCAACAAGAUUUUCACUAUGAUUUUAAGAAGUGAUCUUUUGUAGCUUUUUUUUUUUUUUGUCUGUACUCUAAAAACAAACAUAAGUAGGGUGCUGUGCUACUCAGUAUUCCUCAGAAACAGAUAAAAAUAGCGUUGAGAAGAAUUUUAAUAUCAAACUAUGUAAGUGAGAGGCCAACUAAAACUACUUCAAAGCUUAAGUGAAACAACUGUUGGAAAACCAUUUGGUUUUAUCUUCAUCUAAAGUUUAUCUUGUUUAUCAGGUUUAUUCUGACUGCUGAGAAGGGAUUUGAGUUCAGCUUCCUGGCUGAGUGAAACAGCCUGGCUUGGUCUGAGAAGAAGGAGACCUAACCAGGACAGUUCUGCAGCAGAGGCAGACAGGGCUCAAUGGAUUUGGGGUCUGCGUAAAAGCAACCAUUUACAACCCACUGAGGUAUCCAGGGGAUGUGGGCAGAGCUGUGCUGGCUCAAGGAAGGGUCUUGUUUGUGAGAGGAACCCAUAAGAGCAAGAGAAGAAGAGCUUGUGCACAUCCUCACAUCCUUGCUAUUUUUGGCCAAAGGUGGCUGGCAUUACAGGUGAGUAACUAAAUAGUUUCUUUAGCAGUAAGCUUCCACUUGAGGAUUUGCCACCUCUUAGUUAUCAAAGAUUGGACUUGAAAUCUUGGCUCAGUAAAAACUGUCAGGGCUUGAACAUUCACAUCUUUUGGGAAAAGCUGUCACCCCCUCACUAACUAGGACACCUGCAUACCGUUUGACUGCAGGGAAGCUGGCCUUGGGCUUACACAUCUGCACAGACAGGGUAUCCAGAACAUUGAUAUUCACAGGGAAAGCCGGGCAGGAGGAGUUGCCACCUGCUCAGUGCUUGCUCUUUUUCCUAUGCGCCUCCUGAUGACACAAAAUAAAUGCAGGCUUACAGCCUGUCUUUGUACAGAGUCACUGUGGCGUGAGAGCUUUAUUUCCACAAUAGCAACUUUGUUUUGCAAAUUCAGCUUUGCUGAAAGUAGAUCCAGCUUCCCUGAGAAACGGGAAUUGUAUCUAGUUACAUCACAGCUGAUUUUGGUGCCAUCUGCUUCUUUGUCUUUACAGUAUAGUGCUCUCUUCUUUAAAACAAAUCUUCACCACCUUGAUAGCUUCACUCAAUUUCUGUUGUCCCAUUUCUUAUUGGAUUCCAAGGUCAUCAAAAUUUUGCAAUAUGGAAAUCACCUUGUCUGUCAAGAUGGAGUUAGGUUCCAUUCUGUCAUGAUCUAUUGUGUCAAAGGAAACUGAUGUGGGAUAUAAAUAUUCAGUA